AUGAAUUCCUUUCUUUUGGCAACCGUCUUCCUCCAAUUUGCAAGUGCUUUGACCCUCUAUGGACACCCUGGAACAAGAUCUCCCCUCUGUAACUGGGGAGCUUUGGAAGUUGGAAUAGAUAUCAAGAUGGGGGACUUGUCCAAGAAUCCACAUCCGUUUGGCCAAAUUCCAUGCCUGACGGAUGACAAUGAUGUUCUUGUGUUCGAAUCGGGAGCGAUUCUGUUAUAUUUUCUAGACAAAACAAAAGAUAAGCUUUCUCCGUCCGAGGCCGCUGCUAUACAAAGUUAUAUUGUUUGGGCGAAUGCCUCGUUGGACGGAAUCUGUUUCUUGGAAACUCCCGACGGAAAAGUUUACGACACCGGCCUCAAGAAGCCAAACAAAAAUAUUGAUAAGUUGGACAAGAUCCUUGAGAAGCAACCAUUUCUGGCUAGCGAUCAGUUUACUUUGGCCGAUGUUGCUGUUGCAAGCUACCUCUUGUAUGUGCUGCAAUUCUUUCCAGGUGUGGAUAUUUCGCGAUGGCCAUAUGUCAAAGCGUAUAUGAAAGACUGUUGUAUUCGACCUGCCUAUGCCAAGGCGUUUGGCGAGAAGGUUCAAGGUCUAUUGCUCAGUCAGUUGGAAUCUGAGGCAACACCAAAGAAAUUGUUUGGUGUGUUCUGA